CACUGGGCCGUAAAUUUUGUGGACCUGGAUCGACGCCAUGCCCGUCCAUUCGUCCAUUCAAGCUCGGGACUGAUCGACGCUCGUGCGUUUUCUGUUCCUCUGCAACUCUCCUUGUCGCUGUUUCGUUGCUAGCAGGCAGGACUGUAUUCAAUGCUCAUUAAAACCGGUGUUUUAACGGGAAACAGUCCCCGUGUAUCCGUUUUCUCCAGAAACAAGCAGGUCUUGAGGCUGUUUUGUUCAUCGGAUGCAUGCUACACAGCUCCCUCAAUUGACACCGUUUUGGACCUCGUAUCAAAGCAGCACUGGUCGAAACUCAAAACCCUUCUUCAGCGCACAAGCUCCAACACUCUCCUUCAGAAGUUACUUUCAUCGGGAGCUGACCCAGAGCUCAUUCUUAGGUAUUUGAAUUGGUCUCAUAAGAAGCUCAAUCUAUGGCAUACUUUGGAUCUUACUCUCACACUCUUACACUCGCUUGCAAAUGCCAAAAAGUAUUCAAAGAUCAGGUCUUUCUUAGAUAAUUUAGUAAGGCAUGACAAAAGCUUCUCAAUUUCUUCUCUUUUUCAUUCACUUUCAAUGUGCAAUGGUGGGAUUUGUGCAAAUUCGAUAAUCGUUGAUAUGUUGGUAUAUGCAUUUGUGAAGAAUUUGAAAUUUGAUUUGGCUUUUGAGGCUUUUAAAAGGGCUGGUGAUUAUGGUUUUAAGUUGUCAGUGUUAUCAUGUAAUCCAUUGUUAAAAGGAUUGGUGACAGAAAGUGGAAUUGGGAAAAUGGAGUUCAUGUAUCAUGAGAUGAUUAGGAGGAGAAUUGAGCCUAAUUUGAUUUCCUUUAAUAUUGUGGUAAAUGGGCUGUGUAAAGCUGGAAAAUUGAAUAAAGCUAGUGAUAUUAUGAAAGACAUGGAGGCACGGGCGAUUUCACCAAAUGUGAGAACUUAUAAUACUCUAAUAGAUGGAUAUUGCAAAAUGGGAAGGAUUGGGAAAAUGUAUAAAGCUGAUGCUAUCUUGAACAGGAUGGUCGCCAAUGGGAUUCAUCCAGAUGAGAUUACUUUCAAUAUUUUGAUUGAUGGAUUUUGUAAGGAUCAGAAUGUAUCAGGUGCUAUGAAGGUGUUUGGUGAAAUGCAGGGUCAGGGUUUAAAUCCCAAUGUUGUUACAUAUAAUUCGCUGAUUAAUGGGUUAUGUAGUGAUGGGAAACUUAACGAGGCUAUUGGUUUGAGAGAUUCAAUGUUGUGUUCGGGUUUGAAGCCAAAUGUUGUCACUUAUAAUGCGCUUAUAAACGGAUUCUGUAAGAAGAAAAUGGUGAAGGAAGCUAUUGAGUUGUUUGACGAUAUUACCAGGCAAGGAAUAGUUCCCAAUGUUAUUACAUUCAAUACAUUAAUUGAUGCUUUUUGUAAGCAUAACAGAAUGGAGGAUGCAUUUGCAUUGCGUAAUCAGAUGUUAGACAGAGGGGUUUUACCUGAUGUUUUUACCUAUAACUGCUUAAUUGCAGGGAGAUGUAGAGAGGGAAACUUAGAUGCAGCCAAAAAACUUUUGGAAGAAAUGGAAAGUAAGGAUUUGAGAGCUGAUCUUGUAACCUAUAAUAUACUGAUGGAUGCAUUGUGCAAGAAAGGAGAGUCAAGAAAGGCAGCAAGGCUCUUGGAUGGAAUUUCGGAGAAGGGUCUGAAUCCAUCUCAUUUGUCUUAUAAUAAAUUGAUAGAGGGGUAUUGCAGCGAAGGAAACCUCAGGGCAGCAUUGAAUGUGAAGACGAGAAUGGAGAAAGAACGUAGACGGGCCAACAUUGUCACGUAUAAUGUACUGAUAAAAGGCUUCUGUAAGGAGAGAAAACUGGAACAAGCAAAUAGGCUUCUUAAUGAGUUGUUGGAGAAGAAUUUGAUCCCUAACCGAACAACCUAUGACAUUGUUAAAGAGGAAAUGAUGGAGAAAGGCUUUGUUCCUGAUAUAGAGGGGCACCUUUAUAGCAUAUGGAGCUGCUCUUAGCCCUUGACAAGGAAAUUUGAUUUGCUGUCUGCAUGAAAAAUGAACCACUGUUAGAUGCACCUGUUUGUUUUAAAGAAACUUGGGAUAUUAACUCCCAUCUUUAUGGACAUAUUGGAGAUCUAUCACACAGUAUGAAACAAGCAUGUUCUGCCCUUGUCCACAUUAUACUGUGCCCAAUUUUUGAACUCGCUGUGUUUUCAAAUAAUCGAUGCCAAGGCAACAUAGGUGAAUUAGAAAAGACAAUUAAACAGAGUGUAGUCUACGAGUUGAUUGUGGUAUGCAUUACACUCGGUGGCACUUGUCAGGUGUUAUUCUUGACCAUUCAUUCUUUUAGUCCAUUGUCUGGCAGUUUGCUCUACAAUUUCUGUGAAAGAAGCAUUAGAUGAGGCAGUAGUUGGAGUUCACAGUAUGAAAGCUAUGGAAGAAAGAGCCGAGUGUUUUGAUGGAUAGGGUCUCCUUGUUCUUCAGCUGUUUUAUGGAGACAUUGGUUAACAUGUGCUCA